AUGGCAAGUGUGCCAUGUUUUACAAAUAACAGUAAUAAUAACAAUAACAAUAAUCUCAGCUUACAUUCAACAUCGAAAAUUGAAUGUCAACAGAACAACACAUCACAGAAGUCAUUUACUGAUACCGACAACUUAAUACCACCUCUUAUUGACUUAUCAUCCCCCUCAUUCUUAAAUGAAGAUGAAAAGCCCCAAGAAACUUCACCGGAAGAUGUAAACAAUACACCAUCGAUGGAAUUAUGCACAGUUAAUUCUCGAAGUGGAAUAUUGUCAUCAUCACCAUCAUUAGACAUUAACAAUACACCUAAAGAUCGGAUAAUAAAUUCCAGCAUAAAACUUGAUUCAAAUAAAUCUCCUACGAGAAAUACAACAACAACCACAACAACAACUGCCACUGCAUCCUCUUCAACAACCUCGACACCUUUGAAUCGUGGAUCACGUCAUUGGAAAAAUGUUCAGUGCACAAUGAAAGUGGUACUGGCGACAAUGGAUCAUGUAAAGCGUAGACGUAAAACAAAUUAUAACAUUGCAGCUAGAAGAGAUUCAUUUAUGGAUCGUUUUUCAACACAACGACGUGGUACCUAUGCUGCAGAGGAAUACUUAAAUGACGCGACGUUUAAUGAUCAGCUGUAUGCACUGAAGAGAUCAGAUAAUCUAUUGAGCGGCUUAGAAGAUAUUGAUAAGAAGGUUGAUUAUGCUGACGGGGAACAGAAUACAACAGCACCAACUACGACAACAGCCAUCAGUGGAAUGGAUGAUAGUAGUCAGCGUAUAAAAUAUUCUGGUAGUUAUAAAGAGAUUAGUAGUACACCUGAAAAAGAAUACCUUUUAGCUCAUACAACCAGUGUACCACACGGUGAUGAGUCAUUCUCCUUACAUCCACCCAAACCAGCUAGUAAUCACUGUAUGAAUAAGGGAAGAAAUUUCAGUGAUGAAUUAUCAAAAUCCGACAAAUUAGAGGUGGAUGGAGAGAAGGGUAAUCCGAAAAACUCUACGCUCUCAGCUUUCUAUAAAAAAUCUCAUAUGUAUAUUGUUUUUCAUCCUCACAGUACAGGUUAUGUCAUCUGGCUGACAUUUGUCUCCUUGGCACUGUUGUACAACCUAUGGACACCGAUUGCCCGCCAGGCUUUUGAUGAAUUACAAUCAAAAUAUCAGACAAUUUGGCUAUCAUUCGAUAUUGUCGCUGAUAUCACCUAUCUUAUUGAUAUAUUUGUUCAGUGUAAUACAAGCUAUCUGAAAUGUGGUUUAAAAGUCCGCGAUCAUCAAAAACUAGCUAUGCGUUAUUUAAAAUCGUAUCAAUUCCUUCUAGAUGUUGCAUCACUGAUCCCAUUGGAUUUAUUACAGUUUAAAUUUGGUGUCCAACCAAUGUUACGUUUCCCGAGAUUUUUAAAGUGUUAUCGAUGUCGUGAAUGGAAACUUCGUGUGGAGAAUCGGACUAUAUUUCCAAAUAUAUGGAGAGUAUUAAAUUUGAUACAUAUUCUGUUUUUAGGCUGUCAUUGGUUUGCAGCCUUCUACUACUUGAUAUCAAAGUAUGAAGGAUUUAAAAGCCCAUGGGGAUAUCAACCUUACGCGGAUUUAGAACAGGUGACAAUGUCAAGAAGAUAUUUAAAAUCAUUCUAUUGGGCAACGCUAACACUGACUACAAUCGGGGAUUUAAAUUCACCCUCCAGUAGUAUAGAGCUGACAUUCACAAUAGUGUCUUAUCUAAUUGGUGUAUUUAUUUUUGCAACAAUAGUCGGUCAAGUUGGUAAUAUUAUUACCACAAGAAAUGCUCAUCGGACAGAAUUCGAAAAAAUCUUGGACAAUGCUAAAAGUUAUAUGCGUACAAAUUCAGUUAGUAAAGAUCUUCAAAGUCGUAUCCUGCUUUGGUAUGAUUAUGCAUGGUCAAAAGGAAGUGGAGGUGGUCAAGAUAUCAAUUCGUUAGGCAUGCUACCGGAUAAACUGAAAACAGAGCUUGCAUUAAAUGUGAAUUUAGAGACAUUGAAAAAAGUGACAAUCUUUCAUGAAUGCAGACCAGAAUUCCUACAUGAUAUCGUCUUGAAAAUGCGACCACUGGUGUUAACACCUGGAGAUUUAAUCUGUCGUAAAGGUGAAAUAGCUCGUGAUAUCUACAUUAUUGCAGAUGGGGUACUUGAAGUUCUAAAUGAAGACAAUGAAGUUCUUUCAACAAUGAGUGCAGGCGACUUUUUCGGAGAAAUUGGCGUGCUUAAUUUGGACGGUAUCAAUAGGCGAACUGCUGACGUAAGAGCUGUCGGCUAUGCUGAAUUAUUUGUUCUUUCACGUGAAGAUAUAUUGAAGGCGCUGAAAGAUCACCCAGAAGCUGAGAUUGUUAUCAGAAAGCAUGCAGCUCGACGGCUAUGUGAAUCACGUACUCGACGAGCAGGUAAUGCUCAAGGAGGUAAAUCUCCAUCAGGCGGCUCUACAACCACCUAUUCACCGACACUAUCUCCACUUUUAUACAAACAGGGCAAUUUAUUUUCAACUGGAAAUAGUACACGAAGUUCUACUAGUACACCAUUUGAUCAGAAUACAAGUAAAGAGAUAUCGAGAUUAUCUAUAAACCCAACGAAUGGAGAUAGUGUGAAACAAAAUGAUAAAAAUUCAUCUAUCCGUAAAACUGCUACUAAUAACAAUUUAAAUUUAGCGGAAAAAUUAUUAAAUACCUCGUGCAGUCAAAACCAUCAGAUGAUGUCAAUGGCAGAUGCCAUAGACCAAUUUACAGAAAGAUGGGAAAAUAUAUUGGGAUCAUUGGUUGAAAUUCAUCGUAAAGAAUUAUCCUUAUUAAAAGAACAAUUAUUACAAUAUGGUGGAAUCAAUCAAAAUUAA